AUGCAAGCUGCACAUUUUUUUGAAGGGACGGAGAAGCUGCUGGAGGUUUGGUUCUCCCUGCAGCAACCUGAUGCAAACCAAGGAUCUGGGGAUCUUCGCACUAUCCUGAGAUACUUGGAGACUCUGGAUUUCCCAGAGAGUCGAGUGAUCAGUCAGCCAGAUCAAACCCUGGAAAUUCUGAUGAGUGAGAUUGACCCAGCAGUUAUGGACCAGUUCUACAUGAAAGAUGGUGUAACUGCAAAGGAUGUCACUCAUGAGAGUGGAAUUCUUGACCUGAUACCAGGUUCUGUCAUUGAUGCCACAUUGUUCAAAGCUUGUGGGUACUCAAUGAAUGGAAUGAAAUCAGAAGGAACUUAUUGGACUACUCACAUCACUCCAGAACCAGAAUUUUCUUACAUUAGCUUUGAAACAAACUUAAGUCAGACCUCCUAUGAUGACCUGAUCAGGAAAGUUGUAGAAGUCUUCAAGCCAGGACAGCUUGUGACCACCUUGUUUGUUAAUCAGAGUUCUAAGUGUCACACAGUGCUUUCUUCACCCCAGAAGAUUGAAGGCUUUAAACAUCUUGAUUGUCAGAGUGCUACACUAAAUGAUUACAAUUUUGUUUUUACCAGUUGUGCUAAGAAGCAGCAAUAA